UUGGCCGGGUGGAGGGGGAGUCAAGGAGGACGUUGCUUCAAUCAAAAGUGAGGGAGCUGUAGGCGGAACGAACGUUCCGACGGCCGUGACUGGACGUCAGGUUGGCGGUGACGCGCGUGCGCGCCCCCGUCCGGAGAGCACAGUAAUGAGUUGGUGGCCUAGCAACCUUCAAAGUUGCCAAAACAAAGGAGAUUUGGCGAUGGAGGCUUUGUUGGAAGGAAUACAAAAUCGGGGGCAUGAUGGGGGAUUUUUGACAUCCUGUGAAGCAGAACUGCAGGAGCUCAUGAAACAGAUUGACAUAAUGGUAGCUCAUAAAAAAUCUGAAUGGGAAGGACAGACACACGCUCUAGAAACUUGCUUGGACAUCCGUGAACGGGAACUUAAGGCUCUCAGGAGUCAGUUGGAUUUGAAACACAAAGAGAUUGGAAUGUUGCGUCAGCAGGUAGAAAAACAUGAAAAAGUCAAGCAAGAGAUGGCCAUGGAGUAUAAGCAAGAGUUAAAGAAACUACAUGAAGAAUUAGGCAGACUGAAGAGAAGCUAUGAAAAGCUACAGAAAAAACAUGUAAGAGACUUCAGAGGAAAUGCCAAAAACAGGGAAGAUCGGUCUGAAAUUGAGAGGUUAACUGGAAAAAUAGAGGAAUUUCGUCAGAAAUCACUGGACUGGGAGAAGCAGCGCUUGAUUUAUCAGCAACAGGUGUCUUCUCUGGAGGCACAAAGAAAGGCUCUAGCUGAACAAUCAGAGAUAAUUCAG